GUAGCAUCACUCCACCUUAUGAAUGGGUUUUGUUUGGCCUUUUGCUAACUUUGUGCCUGUGGGAGCUUAUACGCUGCGUUUUGGCAACCAUGAUGCGCUCAUUCAGGAGUUAAUAACAUUAAACUCACCCUUAUUCGAGUACCUCUUGGGUCUCAAAGCAAAAGUAGCCUCGCAUCAUCUCGACCUCAUCGUCUAACCGUUAGCUAACAAGCUAAACUGCUAGCCGCUAGCAGCAUUAGUUAGUGUUGGAAUGGUUCACAUAGAUGGAAAGAAACUUAAGACAGUUUAGUUUUACACAUAGUGUACAGAGUUGGCGAUAGUUUUAGAUUUCUGAUAUUUCAGCAUGGACCUCAAUUUUUACUCUGACCUGUCGGAUGGAUGUGCUCAAAAUGUUGAUCCAGAGUUUUUGGACACUCAGUCGUAUGGUGGAUACACAGAGGAAAAUAAGUUUCCAGAAGGAGGCGACGGUUAUCUCACCAUUAGUGGAGCGGGCCACCCUUUUCUAUCCGCUGAGCAGACAUUUCAUACUCCCAGUCUCGGAGAUGAAGUCUUUGAGAUCCCCCCCAUCUCACUGGACCCGAGUCUGAGCAUAGGGGAUGCAGUGUCUCAUUUUGAGCUGACAGAUGGGUCAGAUGGCACCGGGGGACCUGCAGGCUCUCGGAGUCUAGUUAGCAACUUGGUGGUCGAGGCCAAUGAUCCCUCUUUUGCUUCCACCUUUGUGAACUCUGGGUCUCAGGGCCUGGAGCAGCUGAACCUGGGAGCCAUGGGUCAGGCUGGUGGAGGGGCCCUGCUGAGCUCUUCUGCUCUGGAACUGGGGAAUUCAAGUGGGUCACAUUUCAGCAGCUCGUCUCCCAUGACUAUUGAUGUCCAGCUUGGGGACAUCGGUCAUGGUCUUUUAGGAAGCAGUCAUCUCUCCACUAUAAACCAGUCUGAACUUGCAAUGAAUCUUGGGGGUCAUUCAGAGCAGCCGCUGUCUGCUACACCAUCACCAGCCGGCUCCCUGCAGGAUGAAGACAUGGAUGACUUCAAGAGGAGUGUCCUGAUAGACUCCCCCUUGACACUUCCCUCCACCUCUGCUGUCACCCACAUGCCCUCCCAUCCAGUCUCUAUAUCCUCAGUGUCCCCGGCUACAGCCAAGAGAGGUGGGGGUAAGCCAGCCACGCUGGCGUCAAUGACUGGUGCAGUGGGCACUAAGAAAGUAAGAAAAAAGAAAGACCCAAAUGAACCACAGAAGCCAGUUUCAGCAUACGCCCUGUUCUUUAAAGACACUCAGGCAGCCAUCAAGGGCCAGAACCCAAAUGCCUCUUUUGGGGAGGUGUCGAAGAUUGUGGCGUCCAUGUGGGACAGCUUAGCUGAAGAACAGAAACAGGUGUAUAAGAGAAAAACUGAAGCAGCCAAAAAGGAGUAUUUGAAAGCACUUGCAGCUUACAAAGCAAACCAGCUCUCACAGCCUGCCUCAGAGGAGAUGGAGACCACCCCUUCACCUCCUUCAGCAGAGGUAAAUCAAACGCCUGCAGCACUCCCCUCUGCAGGUAACCAGGCUGCCCGACCAGCUAACAGCAACAUCGAAGAGAACACCAUCACCAACAUUUGUGCCUCCAACAUCAUCCUGGAUGUCCCAGAGAUGGCCACACGCUCCCGCACAGGGGCCAACAAAACUCCAGCAGCUGCAGCGCCCCCCGCCCAGACCAUCACCAAGAUCAUAAUCCCAAAGCAUAUGCUGCAGGCAGCAGGACAGGUGGUGACGGUGCUGCAGGGUGGGGUCCGCGCUCUGCAGCCCACUCUGGUUGUGUCAGGAGCUUCUCGUCAACCACCUCCAUUACAGCAGAUGCAGAACGCACCGCCUCCACCAAGGCUGCAGCAAAUGGCACCAGCACCUCCACCCCUACAAGCCAAACCCCGUGGUGAAGGAGGCACCACAGCAGGCCUCCCCAUAACCGUCACAGCUACACCUCCGCCUCCACUUCAGAUAAAAAUAGUCCCUGCCCCUUUGCAGGGCAAAGACACCCUGCCGAUUAUUGUCCCAGAUACAGCAGCUGUGACUACAUCUGCCCAGUCAGUGCAGGUGGCAAACUCUGCUGACAUGCAGGGCAAUGCCGAGGAGGAUAAUGUUACAGAGGUGCUACAUUCAGAGGAGGAUGAGAUGGAGGUGAACGGGUCAAGCAAUGGUGUGACUCAGAAGAGCGUGUGUGUGAGGACAGGCUGUAACAACCCCGCCGUGGAGAGUGAAGACUGGGACAAAGAGUACUGCAGUAAUGAAUGUGUGGCCACUCACUGCAGAGAUAUAUUCAAGGCGUGGUGUUCGAUCAGGAAUCAGAACAUGGGGACGGUAAAGUAGGAGCGCCUGAGUGUGAUCACAUCAGGAGAAAGCUUUCCCUUCAGCAGGAGCCGGUGCUGAAGGUUGGAGGACAGAUGCAGAACUUGUUCUGAUGGGAUGGGUUUUUUACAGCAAUGACUCAUUUUCACAUUGUUCUUGUACUAUAGAUUUGACAUUCGCUGUUCAAGAAAAAAGUAGUAUUUUGUACAUGGUACUGAAUUAGGACAGCAAAUCCCAUGUUGAUAUUUUGGCAGUCUGAGUAUUCUUAUGGAGCGUUUGGUUAGUUAGGGACAUUGAGGCAGCUGAGAUCAAGUCCACACAGGUCAGUUCAUACUUACAGAAUAUAAGCUGUAGGCAAGUUUUUCUAGAAAUAUUCCAAAAAAAGGAUCAACAUUUCAGUCGUUUCUACACUAGUUUAAAAACAGGAUUGUACAGUACCAUCUCUGGUUUUAAAAGUUGUGUUCUGAAGUUUUUGAAUGUUUCAUGUUUCAUGAAAAUGUGAGGAACUAGUCUCUCCCUCUUUAUACAUCUGAUAUAUGCCUUAGUUUGUAUCACUGCGCUGUUUUGUACUGAGCACAACUGCCUUCUGUGUUUGAUAAUGCCUUUCUUUUUUGUUAAACAUUCAGUUCAGAUCAUUUUAGUUGUUGGUAAAUGCUCAACUUCAAUGUUCUUGAAAUAAAUGAAAAAAAAAAUG